ACUCUCCACUUCCCCAACCCUAAAACCCCUUCUUUAUUUCACUCCCCAUAUAAAUCUUUGCCUCUCCGCCGUUUCUUCCCUCUGUCUCUUCGCUCAUCUCACCUCGCCUAAUCUAGGGUUUCUCCAUCUUCCUCUGCAAACAUGGCGAGAGGUUUGAAGAAGCAUCUGAAGAGGCUCAAUGCCCCAAAGCAUUGGAUGCUCGACAAGCUUGGUGGUGCUUUUGCUCCCAAACCAUCAUCUGGGCCACACAAAUCGAGGGAGUGCCUUCCCCUGAUCAUCAUUCUGAGGAACAGGUUGAAGUAUGCUCUCACAUACCGUGAGGUCAUUGCUAUUCUCAUGCAACGUCAUGUUUUGGUUGAUGGAAAGGUCAGGACUGAUAAGACCUACCCUGCUGGCUUCAUGGAUGUUGUUUCCAUCCCAAAAACCAAUGAGAACUUCCGUCUGCUCUACGACACCAAGGGUCGUUUCCGUCUCCAUUCAAUCAGGGAUGAGGAGGCAAAGUUCAAGCUCUGCAAGGUUCGCUCAGUGCAGUUUGGGCAGAAGAACAUCCCCUAUAUUAACACUUAUGAUGGGAGAACUAUUCGCUACCCAGACCCACUUAUUAAGGCCAAUGAUACUAUCAAGCUGGACUUAGAGACCAACAAGAUUAUUGACUUCAUUAAGUUUGAUGUUGGGAAUGUUGUCAUGGUGACUGGUGGAAGGAAUAGGGGACGUGUUGGAGUCAUCAAGAACAGGGAAAAGCAUAAGGGAAGCUUUGAGACCAUCCACGUUCAGGACGCCGCAGGUCAUGAGUUUGCCACCCGUCUUGGCAAUGUGUUCACGAUUGGCAAGGGUACAAAGCCUUGGGUGUCACUUCCCAAGGGCAAGGGUAUCAAGCUCACCAUCAUUGAGGAGGCAAGGAAGCGACAAGCAGCACUCCAAACUGCUACUGCUUAAACAAUAUGGUGGCAACUAUAGAUUGUUGCUCCUAUAGUUUAGACAGUACUUAGUUUGAAUCAGUUAAGAAGUUGGUCUGUUGUCAGCUUAUGCUCAGAAUUUCAUUUUGAUUUAGCUGUCCUGCUUUAUGGAUUACUUUUUAAGUUGGAAUACUGACUUGGAUUUUAUUAUGUUUUGUGCUUGAACGAGACGUGUAUUGAAUCUUUUUUAAUUGCCUUGUCUUUAAAUUAUACAAAUAUCUUCGGAACCAGUAA